GUCUGUCUGGGGUUAGGAGAGGGUCAGCUUUGUGUGACUCCUGUCUGCUUCUAAUGUGUGUGAGGGAGGCUGUGAGCAGUGGGAGGAGAAAGUGGGUGGGGAUGCUUGAGAGAUAAAAGUAGUGGAUGAAAUCAUACUGACAUAAGUCAGGCUGGGAACAUCAGGUCACAGUCCAACCAAAGGCUUUCUUUCUGUCCCCAGGGGAGGAAGCUGAGGAAGAAUGGCCAGCUCUAAGUCUCAAGACAUGGUCUGUGGUUCAGUGACAUUUAGGGAUGUGGCUGUUGACUUCUCUCAGGAAGAGUGGGCCUGCCUGGAUGCUCCUCAGAGGGUGUUAUACAGGGACAUGAUGUUGGAGAUCUACAGCCACCUCAUCACAGUGGUGGGAAGUUCGAUUUGCAAACCAGAUCUGAUCACCUUAUUGGAGCAGGAGAGAGAGCCCUGGAUGGUUGUGAAGGAAGAAACAGACAGGCUGAGCCCAGACUUGGAGUCAUAUAAUGAAGCUGAAAAUAUAUCUCCAGAAAAUGAUAUUUAUGAUAUGAAUUUACUCAAACAGAGAAUAAAGCAAUUAAGUAAAACUCUCGAUCUCAAGGGCUCCAAUUUUAGUAAUGGCCCCAAAUAUAGUACAUUCAAGGGACUAGAGAGUAAUGAAGAAGGAGAUGCUGAUCAAAAGAUUAGUUACAAAGAACAAAUACGUAUUUAUACCUGCCGGAUUCUUACUCACACUAUAGAAAAAGCACACGAAUGUAAAGAGUGUGGAAAGUACUUUGGGUGUAGUUCAGCCCUUACUCAGCAUCAGAGUGUUCAUACUGGAGAGAAGCCCUAUUAAUGUCAGGAAUGUGGAAAGGCCUUCAGACUCCACAAACAGCUUUCAAGACAUCAGAAAUCUCAUAGUGGUGAGAAACCUUUCAAAUGUGAUGAAUGUGGAAAGGCUUUUCAUCUUCCUGAAUUACUUAAGUGCCAUAAAACCGUUCAUACAGGUGAAAAGCCAUUUGAAUGUGAAGAAUGCGGGAAAUCCUUCAAGCGUGUCUCUCACCUUGUUGAACACAGGACUAUUCAUACUGGUGUGAAACCAUAUGAGUGUAAUCAGUGUGGGAAAGCCUUUAAUCGUCGCUCAUAUCUUAUGCAGCAUCCGAAAAUUCAUUCUGGUGAGAGACCCUUUCAGUGUAAGGAAUGUGGAAAAGCCUUCACUGUUCUGACACAGCUCACUCGGCACCAGAACAUUCAUACUGAAGACAAAUCAUUUGAGUGUAACCAUUGUGGGAAGAUAUUCAGUUGUGGCUCAUUCCUCUUGCGGCAUCAAAGUAUUCAUACCAGUGAGAAACCCUUUGAUUGUAAUGUGUGUGGGAAGGCUUUUAGGCUUCAGGCAUGCCUUUCUGAGCAUCAGAAAACUCACACUAAUGAGAAACCUUUCAAUUGUAAGCUCUGUGGGUCAGCUUUCAGACGGAAAGACCAACUUAAUGAACAUCAAAAAAUUCAUACUGAUAUGAAACCCUAUCAGUGCAAGGAAUGUGGGAAAUUCUUUCGCCGAAAGUCAAGUUUUACUGAGCAUCAGAGUAUUCACAGUGGAAAGAAGACCUUCAACUGUAAAGAAUGUGGGAAGUUCUUUAGACUUAAUGUACAUCUCAUUCGUCAUCAGAAAUCUCACAAUGGUGAGAGGCCUUUUGAAUGUAAAGAAUGUGGAAAGGCUUUUAAUCUUCCCAGCCAGCUUAAUUACCAUAAAACUGUUCAUACAAAUCAAAAACCAUUUGCUUGUGAGGAAUGUGGGAAGUCUUUCAAGCGUGCCUGCAGCCUUUCUGAACAUAGGACUCGUCAUGCUGGUGCAAAACCAUAUGAAUGUAAUGAGUGUGGGAAAAAUUUUAAUCAUCGCUCAAACCUCAAGCAACAUCAGAAAAUUCAUUCUGAUGAGAGACCCUUUCAGUGUAAGGAAUGUGGAAAGGCCUUCACUGUUCUGGCUCAGCUCACUCGGCACCAGAGCAUUCAUACUGGAGAGAAGUCAUUUGAGUGUGAACAGUGUGGGUCAGCCUUCAGACUUAAGUCCCAAUUCAAUCAACAUCAGAGGAUUCAUACUGAUGUGAAACCAUAUCAGUGCAAGGUGUGUGGAAAGGGUUUUGUUCAUGGAACAGCUCUUAGAAUCCAUCAGAGAAUCCACACUGGUGAGAAGCCCUUUCCAUGUAAUGAAUGUGGAAAAGCCUUUCAAUAUCAUUACCAAUUUCUUGGACAUUUUAGAACUCAUACUGGCAAGAAUUCUUCUGAAUAUAAAGAAUGUGGGAAGUACUUAACUUGUGGUGGGGACCUUAAAGACAUCAAAGAAUUCACACUUGUGAGAAACCUUACCAAUGUUAAGAAUACUUAAAGGCCAUUAGUCUAAAAUCAAGCUUGGUUUGACAUGGAAAAUUUCUGUUAGUAAGAGUCCUUAUGAUGUAAGAUGUGGAAAGGUCUUUAUCAGUAUUGCUGAGGCAGCUGUAUAUCAGGGAAUUCAUACUGAUAAACUGUGAAUGUAAGAAGUGUGAACAUCUAAGAAUGUUUAGAUUUAGUUCAGCCUUCAGUGCACAUUGGAGAAUUCAUGUAGGUUUCAAACCCCCAGCUGUGGAAAGAAUGUGGAAAGACCUUCGAUUAGAGCUCAGGUCUUCUUCAACAUAAAGGAAUGCAUGCUGGUGUGAACCCCUAUGAAUGCAAUGAAUGUGGGAACACAUUUAAAACUAACCAAGUUUGUACAGCUUUUCAGAGAGUAUAUAGGUGUGAAAUGCUGAAGGACUCUCUCCUCCCUGGUAAUCCUUGGGCACUGGACCCCCAGGGACAAAGGGAGCAGAAGCGACAAACAGUGGUGUUGAGGGCCUGUGAGUACUACAGAAAUGGCUUUCCAGGAUCAGCUUCUUCCAGGCUGCUCAACCUUAGUCAGGGUGAACGAAGCCUACAUAGUUCUUGGGGAGCUUUAUUUGCAUUUGGUAGCACAGUCCUAUCAUAAGAACAGGAACACAGUACCUAGUUAUCCUGUGGGCAGCAGGGGGGAAGAGUGUUAGCAGAGAGCUGUGUCAAAGGUCAUAUUCUAGAUGUGUUUAGAAGCAUCUGUGUCUAGGGACACUCCAGAUGAAUUCAGGCAGAGAAAAAGAAGCCCUGCUGACAAAAGGAGUCCUCCAUUUCGCACAGAGCUCAAGGCUUUCCAGUCACAGUGGACUACAACCUUAGCAGGUUUUCCCAACAAAAUCUAUGAAUGUAAAGACUAGGAAAACCUUUAUUAUAAAUGGUGAGCUUAUAUAACAUCUGGAAAUCUGUCAUUAGCAGGAGUCCUAUAGAUAUAAGGAAAAUUGACAAGCCUUUACUGAACAUCGGAGAACUCAUAUUCCCAAGAUUGUGACUGAAAAGCAAAUGAGAAGAAUCCUAAUGUACUCUAGGGUUUAGUCAGCAUCAGAGUAUUCAUAUACAUUUAAUGGCAUGAGAGUAGGAAGUCUUGUUCAGAGUAGGUACUCUGUUGAGAAUGUCUUCAAAUUCAAGAAAUAAUAGGGUGGCCAUCAUGUUCUUGAUAUACUCUCAUCUUGUUAAUUCUAUAAACAUAAUUCAUCAAACACUGCUCAGCCAUGACAGUCAACUUAGAGCAGUUGUGAGAAUCAAGUUUACUUGAAAUGCCUUCAUUGUCUCCAUAAACAUCCCAUGGCUCCUGUGACUUACACUAUUUGUUUCCUUUUUUAAAAAAAUAAUUUGUUCAUGGCCACCAUGAUACCAGCCAAAAGUGGGUUAUAGUACAUAAUAAAAUCCUUGAAAGAGUA